AUGAAAGAGGAGAGUAGGAGAAGAAGAAGAAGAGUGUACGAAACAGUCUCAUCACUUCCUUCUCCGAUCUCUGCCCCGAAACUCAACCCGAUUUGUUUGCUAGAUCUUCAGGAAAAUGUCAUAUCCAACACUUCUUCUUCUUAUUGUUAUUAUUCUACUCUUACUACUGCUACUACUACUAUUACUAGAAGAAAAAACCCACAUCAGAAACAGAAUCAAAAUCAAUUCUUGCAAUCUGUUAGAGAUCAGUGCAAGUAUGGAAGCUUAAGGAAUGUUGAUCAUGCCUUAGACCUGUUUGAUACAAUGCUUCACAUGCACCCUUUGCCUUUCAUUGGAGAUUUUACUCUAUUGUUGGGUGCGGUUGUAAGAAUGAAGCAUUACUCUCUACCCUUUUCUCUAAUUAAACGAAUGGAAUUAUUCGGAAUCCCGCCCGAUGUUUAUACUCUCACUGUUUUGAUUAAAUGCUUCUGCAAUUUGAAUCGGGUGGAUUUCGGGUUCUCUGUCUUGGCAACAAUUUUGAAACUUGGUUAUAUUCCAGACUCUGUUAUUCUAAACACUCUUGUCAAGGGGCUGUAUCUUCAAGGUAACAUUGCUGGAGCUGUGAGGUUGGUUGAAGAUAUGGAGAAAAACGGAUUGGUAAUUGAGGCUUUGAACCUUUUGAUUGAAAUGAGGAGCAAAGGUAUUCAACCGAAUGUUGUCACUUACACGUGCUUAAUUCAAGGCCUGUGCAAUUUUGGCCGAUGGAGGGAGGCUACUACUUUGUUGAAUGAGAUGACGCAAAGGAAAAUCAUUCCAAAUUUGCAAACCUUUAGCAUAUUGGUGGACACAUUCUGCAAGGAAGGGAUGUUGACCGAGACAAACGAAGUUUUUACCAUGAUGAUUCAAAGAGGCAUUGAGCCUAACAUAGUCACAUAUAGCUCUUUGAUUGAUGGUUAUUGUUUACAAAACAAAAUGGAUGAUGCUAUCAAAACGUUUAAUAUGAUGGCAUGUGGCCAACUUCCAAAUCCCCAAACCUAUGCUAUCUUGUUGGAUGGCCUUUGUAAGAACAAAAAAAUUGGGGAGGCGUUGGCAUUGUUUCAAGAGAUGGAAGACAAAAAUUUGGACAACAAUAUUGUGUUUUACAACAUCUUGAUUGACAGUAUGUGCAAUGCUAGGAAACUUACAACUGCAAGAGAAAUCUUUAAUAGUCUUCUUGCAAAAGGAUUGCAACCUGAUAUUCGGACUUACACUAUAAUGAUCAAAGGGUUUUGCAAAGAAAGGCUAAUUGAUGAAGCGACUGAGCUGCUAGAGAAAAUGGAUGGGAACCAUUUCUCUCCUGAUGAUUGCACAUAUAACACAAUCAUCCAAGGGUUGUUGCAACAGAAUGAGACAAUAAAGGCUAUGGAACUUAUUAAGAUAAUGGUUGACAAGGGAUUUUCAGCAAAUGCAACCACUGCAUCCAUGUUGGUUGACUUGCUAUCUACAAAUCCAAGAGAUAAAACACUUCAAGAAUUACUUCAUUAUUAA